AUGAAUUAAAGAACUUUAGAGGAAAGAAUAAUUGAUUAAUAUGAAAUGUCAUCACCAUUUGUUGAUGAUAAUCUCAAUAAAUCAAAUAGAUAACCAUUACUGCUGAUCAAUGAAAAUUCUAACUCUUAUUUAUCUAACAAUUCCUUAAUUAAAUCUCCUGCUUUUAAUGGUACUUUUAAUUCAGGUUCAAUUGAUUAUGGUUAUGCAUUAUUGAAUUAAUUUGAUGAAGGUGAAGAAAUAGCAGGUAAUAGAAAUGGUUUUAUUGUUCAAUAUUCUGAUUCCACUAAUAUUUUUCAUAUGUGUAAUAUAAUAUAUUAAGAAUAGUUUAUUAAAGACUUCCAGUUUUUCUUCCAAAUUCUAUUGUUAUGUUGAUUUGGAAGGCUAUAAUCGCAGGAAUUAUCCUUCUAUACUUUUUUGUUGUACCAAUUACUGUUUCAUAUAGUAGCGGUGUUUGGGUAUUUUAUAAAAUAAUUUAAGAUAUUUGCAAACAAAACUAAGAUGAUAAUAGAUGGUCUAUGUUUCAUUUUCUUGGUACUUGAUAUAAUUUUAGAAUUUUUGACAGCUUUUUAUGAACAUGGAAAUUUAAUUACAGAUAAAACAAGAAUUGCUUAUAAAUAUUUGAGUCUAAAUUUUAUACUUGAUUUAGUUGCAACUUUAGCUUUUGGUGUUUAGUCAUUUAUUAAUGAUGAUUCAAUAAAUUUAAUUCUAUUAUUAUUUUUUUUAAAAUACCCAUCCCUUAUAAAAAUAGAUUAUUUAUUUGAAGAAGCCACAUUAUUGCAUAGAACACUGAGAACUAUCUAUAAUUUAGGAAAGAUUAUUGUAUUGUUAUAAUUUUGCUUUUUGAUUUUUUCUUGUAUUUUUUUUGUCAUAGGAUAUGCUUGUGUUUAAGCAGGACAUAAUUCUUGGUUAUUAAACGACGGCAAUUUUGGAGUUAUAUUAGACCUUAAUCCUGGAUUUUAGUUUUUCUUUUCAUAUUAUUUUGGUUUAGGAACAAUGACAACAACUAUGGGAUAUGGUGAUAUAACUCCAUUAAAUGUAUUUGAAUGCCUUUGGUGUUUAGGUGGAAUAUUUUUUGCUGUUUUCAUAUUUUAAGUUAAUGUUAAUUCUCUAUUUAAAAUAAUGGAGGAAUUCAAUGUUCAUCCUAUUAAAAUAUUCAAAAAAAGAAUAGCUGUAAAUAAAUUUAUGAGUUCAAAAUAAGUUCCAUAAAUAGUUUAAGAAAGAGUUAGAAGAUAUUUAAAUGAACAUUGGUAUGAAGAAGGAACAAGGGAUUUAUUGUUAGAACAAGAAGUUUUCACUGAAUUAGCUCCUGAAAUUAAAGAAGAAUUAUUUUAUAAUUCAUAUGGAAAAAUGUUUAAUUUAAUUCCAUUUAUGUCAAAGACAUUUUCAACAGAAUUUUUGAGAUCACUCUCUAUUAAAAUUGAAGAAAUAAGUUAUGCUUAAAAUGAAAUUAUUUUUUUGGAUAAUGUUGAUUAUCUUUUAGAUGAUUAUUCUAUAUAUUUUAUAGAUUAUGGAUAAAUUCUUAUUUUUGCUAACACAGGAGAAUAGAGACCAUUUUGGAUUAAAUAAUUAGGAUAGCAAGAAUAUUUUGGUGAAUGGUCAUUCUUGACAGGUAGACCAAGAUUGGCAUCUGCAUCUUCUAUUUCUUAUAGCAGAUUAUAUAAAUUAAAGAGAGAAGUCUUUAUGGAUAUUCUUGGAUCCUUUUAGGAUGAUUUUGAAAAAUAUUGGAUGAUUCGAGAUAAAUUAGUUUAUUCAAAUGGAUUUAAAAUAAUCAAUAGUUUAUGUUGGAAUUGUGAAUAGGAUUCUCAUUAUGCAUCAAAAUGUCCUGUGACUCAUUAUUAUCCAUAAAUGAAUAAGGUAUAAAUUAGAUAUUUGAAUAAUAGUUGCUUAAAUAUAAUAUAGAAGAUGAACAAUAACGUAAUUAAUAUUAUAGGAAAAAGAAAUAAAGAUGGCAUACUUUGAAAUAACAAAUUUCAUAGUCUUAAUAAAUAGAAAGUUAAAUUUAAAAAUCAUAAAAUUAAGAGAUAUAAGUAGAACAAAUAAGGAAUCAGACAUAAUAAUAAUAAUAGUAAGCAUAACCAUAAAAAAAUAUAAAACAAUUUGAUAAACCAUACUAAUUUAAACACUAUUUUCCUCAAUACAAUUACCACAAAAUUUAAGCCUUUAAGAAUGAGAAAGCAAUUAAGAAAAUAACAAAUAUAAGAAUAUCAGCUAUGUAUAUUCCUAACACAGCAUAUCGUUAAACUAAACAAUCUGCAAUUUUCGUAUGGCCAAAAUAGAGUUGA